UGUUAAUUAAUACGUGAAGUUGUGAUGGAAAGAGCAGGACACGAUAGGUUGAUGUGCAGAAUCUCGAAGGAUGAUAUCCGUCUGAAAUAUACUCAAAUUAUCUUCGGACAAGUUUUACGAUUGUAAAUAGUCGUUGGAGAACGGGAAUCAUGCUGACACGAGCUUUCGAAAUCCACGGCCGGCUCUGCGCCGGUCAUCCCUUGGAGGUGAUCGUGACGACCUUCACGCUCACGGCAUGCAUCCUGAACAUGGAGACCGGAAACGGACAGCCGCGGGACAACGCGCUGCCCGUGGCCUCGCAUUGUCGGGCCGGUCGAUGUAACUCGGACGACCUAAACGCAGCCGAUAUCAUAGUGAUGACUAUAAUACGAUGUCUUGCAAUACUGUUCACCUAUCACCAGUUCCGCAGUUUACAAAAGUUGGGUUCCAAGUAUAUUUUAGGUAUCGCAGGCCUUUUUACCGUAUUUUCCAGUGUUGUGUUCACGUCCAGCGUAGUGAAUUUCGGACGCAGCGAUAUCGCCGACUUGAAGGACGCGUUGUUCUUCUUCUUGCUCAUCAUCGACCUGUCGAAGGCCGCGAUAUUAGCGCAAUUGGCCCUAAGAUCGAGGAGCCCGGAUGAAGUACGAGCGAACAUUGCCCGCGGCAUGUCCCUUUUGGGACCGACUAUCACGUUAGACACAUUAGUGGAGACUCUGCUUAUUGGCAUAGGAUCGUUGUCCGGCGUCAGACGACUUGAGAUUCUUUGCAGUUUCGCUUGUCUCGGAGUUCUCGUCAAUUAUAUCGUCUUCAUGACCUUCUAUCCUGCCUGCCUGUCGCUUAUCCUUGAGCUUUCUCGAGGCACGCACAGCAUGAAGCCAUUAAGCGCCGACAAGAUCUUCAUGAUGCAUCCGUUAAACGAGGAAGAUCAGAAGCCAAAUCCGGUAGUUGAGCGCGUCAAGUUGAUCAUGAUCGCUGGCCUAUUUGUGGUACAUGCUAACAGCCGCUGGCCUUUCAAGAACGAUGAAAACGACCACACGGUGGAAGGCAAGGUGUCACCCGCGAAUUCUCAUAUUGUAGCGAACACUUAUAAUAAGACGGAGAAUCCGACGGAAGUGAAGCAGUACUUAAUGAACUGGCUGUCAGUCAGCGCCGAUAACAUUGUAAUACUGAUCCUUCUUCUUGCAUUGGCGAUCAAGUUUAUAUUUUUCGAGGAUAAGGAAGACAUCGCCAAGCAGCUACGGUUCAAGGAGGCGGACGAUACGGAGGAAAAGGUUGAGCUCGAGUUCACAGAACAGAUGAACACCGGUGCCAUGGAUAUAUCGUUGCGUGAACGAUUCGAAGGAUCGCAUCCAGCGAUGCGUUCCGCUAUCUUCCCGUUGUCCGGGGUGGGCGGUGGUUGGAUCGAAAUGGAAAAUGAAUCUCAGAUGGAGUUCACCGACAAAGAAGUGCAAACCGACGGUAGGCAAACGAGCAUAGAUGCAUCGAGCAGUGAAAGUUCGUCACUCCGUUCGACAGUUCCUAGAUCAUUAGAGGAAUGCCUUGAAAUAUACAAAUCCGAGCUCGGAGCAAGCGAAUUGACCGACGAAGAAAUUAUUCAGUUAGUCAAGCACAAACAUAUUGCCGCCUAUCAGUUGGAGAAAGCAGUCGGGGAUAUGGAACGUGGUGUCGGAAUAAGACGUCUUAUAAUUGGGGAGGCUGGAAAAUUUAUCGAAGACAUUACUGAUUUACCGUACAAAAGUUACGAUUAUAGCAAAGUAUUAGGAUCGUGUUGCGAGAAUGUUGUGGGAUACGUGCCAGUACCGCUGGGAAUCGCUGGUCCCCUGUUAGUCGACGGUGAAUUCUAUCAUGUACCAAUGGCAACCACCGAGGGAUGCCUGGUAGCAUCCACUAAUCGCGGAAGUAGAGCUUUGUUGAAAUGCGGUGUUACCAGUCGCGUGGUCGCCGACGGGAUGACCCGAGGACCAGUUGUACGAUUUCCGAAUAUCGUUAGAGCCAGCAAGGCAAUGAGCUGGAUGCAGGACGAAGAGCAUUUCCAGGAAAUGAAGGACAGCUUCGAUGUGACUAGCAGAUUCGCGAGAUUGACAAAGAUCGACGUACGCAUAGCUGGUAGACAUUUGUUUAUUCGUUUCGUCGCAACGACCGGUGACGCGAUGGGAAUGAAUAUGCUGUCCAAGGGCACGGAACAAUCGUUGAACACAGUCAAAGAAUAUUUCCCUGAUAUGGAAAUCUUAUCGUUGAGUGGUAAUUUUUGCACCGAUAAAAAACCGGCGGCGGUGAAUUGGAUUCAAGGUAGGGGUAAAAGCGUCGUUUGCGAGGCCGUGAUUCCUGCAGACAUCGUUACCAAUGUCCUAAAGACUUCAGUUCACGCUUUGGUUGACGUGAAUAUAAGUAAAAAUAUGAUCGGAUCGGCUAUAGCUGGCAGCGUAGGUGGUUUCAAUGCUCACGCUGCGAAUAUUGUGACCGCGAUUUUUAUAGCCACGGGUCAGGAUCCUGCACAAAAUGUUGGCAGCAGUAACUGUAUGACUUUGAUGGAACCGUGGGGAGCAGACGGUACGGACUUGUACGUGUCUUGCACAAUGCCUAGCAUAGAGAUAGGCACCAUUGGGGGUGGAACCGGUCUUCCUGCACAAGGGGCGUGUUUAGCUAUGUUAGGCGUUAAAGGGGCUAACGCUAAUCAACCUGGCGAAAAUGCCAGCAGAUUAGCUAGGAUUGUAUGUGCUACAGUACUUGCCGGUGAAUUGUCACUGAUGGCUGCUCUCACGGCCGGUCAAUUAGUCAAAAGUCAUCUUAGGCAUAACAGAUCAACUACCACAGUAGCAAAUGCAAUAACUGUUCCCGAAACCAAUUUGGGAGAUACAUUGACUGUGCCAAAUGUUUUAGAGCCUGUACAAAACGUUUGUAAGGAGUUUAUAGAAAAAUCUUAGCAUUAAUCGUAUGUGAACUGGUUCUGGUUUGAUCUUGCGUACGCAAUGUCGUACAACUGCUUCAACGUAAUAUUUCAAAGAAAUGAUUAAUUCAUGUACGUAAAAGAUAUAUAUCACACCUAAAAAGAAAGAAAUAGGAACAGAACUAUAAGAAAAAUGAAACUGAAAU